AGGGCCAGGAUCACCACGAAUCCUGGUCGAGUUUCAGCACUGUUCCAAGAAGUACAAUGUCGAAGUUGUUUCUGUUCUUGACUUGCCUUCUUGUCUUGUUCUCAUUUUCGCUCUCGUUCAAUGUCCUCCUGAACGACGUGAGGGCCUUUUCCUCCCCUACCAGCUUUUCCGCACAUCACAAGCAUCAAUGGAACGGACAGAGCAGGAGGAAGUUUUCUGUCUCUUGCCUUCAGAUGUCGGAGGAGAAGUCGUCAGAGCUCAUGGACGUCAUCGAUGAGGAAGGGAAAGACUCCAAGUCUCCUGAGGCUGUAGGGCGAUUCCGUCAGAGGAGGGCGAUGAAGAAGUCAAGCUCUAGCUCGGUUUCGAGUGAGCUUCGUUUCAAGCUGCUGGAGGAGCAGGCGUCUCCUCUGAGAAAGUUCCGACAGUUCUUCUAUGCCGCUGCAUGUAUUUCUGCCUCUCUUGGAACUCUGAUCUCCGGUGCUCGAAUCUUUGCUGCACUUCAGGGCAUCCAAGGCGUUCAACCCCUCUCCGAGUCCUCGACCAACACAGCCAUCAACCUCGGAGUAGUCGUUACCUCCGCCGCCUUGUGGAUCUGGGAGGAUGGCAAGGGCAAGGAGACUCUCAAGCUGCUGCAGGACAAGAGCGGGAUGAGGGAGAAACUCGCGAACCUCAACCUCGAGCUCGCGGAUGGAACUUUGAAGACGAUGAGAGACAUGCGAGAUGAGAGCAGGCUUGUUAUCCUUGCUGGGACUGCUGCAGAAGUCACUCGAUGUAUCAAUCUCGCCGGGAA